UCCCCCUUCUGCACUUCAACACCCGGCAUCCAGGAGAGAGUUCCAGAGAACCCCAGAAGCAGCAGUUCAAAUUUGGGGGUUUCUGGAGGAGAGGAGAGGGAGGGGGGAAAUGGCGGACUGGGGCCCUGUGAUCGUGGCGACGGUGCUGUUCGUGCUGCUGACGCCGGGGCUGCUGUGCACGCUGCCGGGGCGCGGGCGGGUGGCGGAGUUCGGCAGCAUGCACACCACCGGCCUCGCCAUCCUCGUCCACGCCGUCCUCUACUUCGCGCUCGCCACCAUCUUCCUCAUCGCCAUCGGCGUCCAUGUCUACACCGGCUGAUUAAGCCAGCCGCUUGUUCCUUCCGUGACUUCCGUCCUCACCCAUCGAUCCGAGCUUCAGUACUAUUCCACCCAACUAGAUUCGUUGAACAAAGAGCGAGAGAUCCGGCCGCGUGCCAUGCUAUGUAUGGUUUUCUUGAUGCUUAUUGCCUUUGUGGGAUCAAUGGAUUGAAACUUUUAUUGAUUAGUAAUCGAUCGUUUCCUUGGUUUCCUUUC